GCGUUCUUGUUGCGGCUUGAGGAAGAAAAAGAACAGUUACACUAACCAAAACAAGAACAAGGACGAAGUGAAACCGAAGAUGACAACGACGGAGCCUACACAGCCUCAGAAUCAGCCUCAGCAGAUGAUGAGCUUGAGUUUUAGUAGUCAGAUGUCUAAAGAAGACGAAGAGAUGGCUCGUUCUGCUCUCUCUGCUUUUAGGGCUAAAGAAGAUGAGAUUGAGAAGAGGAAAAUGGAAGUUCGUGAAAGGGUUAAGGCUCAGCUUGGUCGCGUUGAGGAAGAGACUCGUCGUCUUGCUAGUAUUCGCGAGGAGCUUGAGACUAUGGCAGAUCCCAUGAGGAAGGAAGUUAAUUGGGUGCGUAAGAAGAUUGAUAGCGUCAACAAAGAACUCAAACCAUUAGGCUCUACUGUUCAAAAGAAGGAAAGGGAAUACAAAGAAGCAUUGGAUACAUUCAACGAGAAGAACCGUGAGAAAGUUCAGCUGAUCACCAAACUAAUGGAGAUGGGACAGUUGGUUGGAGAAAGCGAGAAGCUGAGGUUGAAGAAGCUGGAUGAGCUAAGCAAGAGCAUAGACACCGAGUGAAUCUAUCUCUCACAAGACAAGACCAAACCAAUCAAGAACUAAUUUGGGU